CUCAGUUUCCAAUUGACAUACCAGCAGUCAAACAAGAUCAUGAUUUUCUUGAGAAAGAUCUUGUAGAACCUCUUUGCCGGCGACUGAACACGUUGAACAAGUGUGCCUCUAUGAAACUAGACGUGAACCUUCCAAGAAAGAAAAGUGAAGACUCAGAUGAAGAAGACCUGUUUGCGAUCAGUGACAAAUGGACCUUCCAGCGGAGCAGCAGGCGAUGGUCCCGGCUGGAGGACAUUGACUCGUUCCUCUGCCGGUCGGAGAGUCAGGGCCCCCUGGAGAGCAUGACACUGAAGAACACGACCAGCAGUGAGAGUGUGUUGACGGAGCUGAGUGAGCCUGAGAUCUCCUCCUUGCACAGCGAGAGCAGCGGAGGCAGCCAGAGCAGGAGUCUGACAGCUACCAAUAGCGCGACCACAGACUGCUUUGACAGCUCGAGACGGAACUGUGCAGAAACCACAAUCAUGCUUGACUCCUCCUUAGUCACCGUCUCUCACCCACAGGCCCCCAAAGACAUAACAAACUAUGAGCUCUCUUUCAAGAAUGAAAGGCAAACUAGGACCAAAGCCAAGGACUUUCUGAAGCGGAUGGACGCUCUAAGAGCCAAAACCACAUCUGGAAAAGCAAAGACCUCUGGGAAAUCAGGUACUGUAGUGAUUAGCAGCCCUAUGCUGCAGCAGGAGCCUGAGUCUCUAAAAACAAUGCACUGUGUGGAUUUGAUAAAUGGAGAUCUGGGGGGAUUGCUGGUGGAGCCGUCUCAAGGCUGCUCCACCUUGCAGUCCAGCAGUGACAGCAGCCACUUGGAAACAAGCGACAGCACAGAGAGCACGCCCAGCCUGAAGGAUCACAAGGCCCUUCGUGCUGCCCAUAAGCGCAGUGGCAUGUACCUGGAGGAUGUUGACAUCUUCUCAGGGACUCAAAUUAAGAAAGUGGCAGAGCAGAACCGCAGGAACGAGUUCCGCUCGCACGAGAACCUGGUGGUGCACAUCCCCAAGGACCACAAGCCCGGCACUUUCCCCAAAGCGCUCUCCAUUGAGAGCCUCUCACCCACCAACAUCGGCUCUUCUGUGAACUGGCACACUGGAAGUGUCUGUCUGGACAGGCACCCACCACAUUCCAAAGAGCCUCGGCCCACCACCCAGUGCUUCCCCCGAGGAAGACGGAUCAGCAUCUAUGACAAUGUACCUGGAUCUCACUUGUAUGCCAGCACAGGGGACCUGAUGGACCUGGAGAAAGAGGAUAUUUUCCCCCACUUGGAUGACAUUUUACAGCACGUCAACGGGCUGCAGCAGAUCGUGGACCACUGGUCCAAAAACGUCUUGCCAGAGGAUGGGUCAAUACAUGGGGAGUCUGGCUUGCAAUCUUCCAGUCAGAUCACUCUGGAUUUCGAAGGGAAUUCUGUAUUGGAUGGUAGGACUACUCCAAGUGACAGGGACAAGGAUGGGGUGUCCCUGAAUGAGUCAGAGUCGGUGGGAAUGAGAGAAAGGAGAGACUCUGGAGUCGGAGCGUCAUUGACCCGACCGAACAGGAUGAGGUGGCCCAGCUUCCAAAUCUCCCAUCGUCUGAGCCACUCCAUGGCCUCGCUGCAGAUCAGGAACCAAUCAGCGGGACAGCUGAGUCUCCUGCAGAGGUUCUCCCUCCUCCGUCUCACAGCCAUCAUGGAGAAGUACUCCAUGUCAAACAAACACGGCUGGUCCUGGUCUGUGCCAAGGUUUAUGAAGAGGAUGAAAGUACCCGACUACAAAGACAAAAAUGUCUUUGGUGUUCCUUUGAUAGUUCACGUGCAGAGGACUGGGCAUCCACUUCCCCAGAGCCUGCAGCAAGCAUUGCGCUUCUUGAGGAGCAAGUGUCUGGAUCAGGUUGGGCUGUUCCGGAAGUCUGGAGUAAAAUCCAGGAUUCUGGCUCUGCGGCAGAUGAACGAGAGCUCCCCAGAAAACGUCAGCUACGAGGACCAGUCAGCCUAUGAUGUGGCCGACAUGGUGAAGCAGUUUUUCCGAGACCUUCCCGAGCCUCUUCUCACGAGCAAGCUGGGAGAGACCUUCCUUCACAUCUAUCAGUACGUGCCCAGGGACCAGCGUCUCCAGGCUGUGCAAGCCGCCAUCAUGCUGAUGUCCGAUGAGAACAGGGAGGUCUUGCAGACUUUGCUGUGUUUCCUUAGUGAUGUCACUUCAGUGGAAGAAAACCAGAUGACCCCGAUGAAUAUAGCAGUCUGCCUUGCCCCUUCUCUGUUCCACCUCAACAUACUGAAGGAAAACUUGUCACCAAGAGCAAUGCAGAAAAAAUAUGCAACGGGGAGGCCAGACCAGAAAGACCUCAAUGAAAACCUGGCAGCUACCCAAGGCCUGGCUCAUAUGAUCAUGGAGUGCAACCGGCUUUUUGAGAUCUCCACAGAGAUGGUGACACAGUCGCGGAACUCGUACGUGGAGGCAAACGUCCACGCCAUGACUUUAGAGGAGAUGGGUAAGCAGCUGGAAGAAGAAGACGGGACUUACCAGAUGUACCUGGAGAACCUCACACAGGCUCUGCUCAAAGAGGCCAAGGAGAAGUCUAAAGGCUGGGUCACCUGCUCCAGUGCAGACAACACGGAACUUGCUUACAAGAAGGUCGGCGAUGGUAACCCCCUGCGAUUGUGGAAGGUGUCUGUCGAAGUGGAGGCUCCCCCAUCAGUCGUGCUGAACCGUGUGUUGCGAGAGCGCCACCUGUGGGAUGAUGACUUUUUACAGUGGAAGGUGAUCGAGACACUGGACAAACAGACUGAAAUCUUUCAGUAUGUCCUCAACAGCAUGGCACCCCAUCCUAGCAGGGACUUUGUAGUGCUGAGGUCCUGGAGGACUGAUCUGCCGAAGGGAACCUGCGCUCUUGUAGUCAUUUCAGUGGACCUUGAAGACGCUCCCCCAAUUGGAGGUGUGAGAGCGGUUGUCUUGGACUCGCAGUAUUUAUUAGAGCCAUGUGGCUCGGGGAAAUCCAGGCUCACACACAUCUGCAGAAUGGAUCUCAAGGGACGGACACCAGACUGGUACAGCAAAGCUUUUGGGCAUUUGUGUGCUACUGAAGCAGCCAGGAUCAGGAACUCCUUUCAUCCAUUGACCACAGAGGGACCAGAAACCAAAAUCUGAAUUGAAAGGGACGCAGCCUGGAGGACUGGGAGACAAGUAGCAAGGCCUGGGAUUAACCUGUUCAGUGUGAAAGGAAUACAGCUUUAAACAAGAUCAAUAUCGUCACGUAACAUAUGUGAAGCUCUCGUUUUUGCCUCAACAAAAAAGUGAGCCUCGCUCACUGAUGCUGGAAUACUAUUCAGCCAACCAUAGCUUUAUCAUACAUUGUAAUAUUGUUAUUGUUAUUAUUUGUAUUAUUUGCAUUAUAUUCUACAAUGUCUAGGACAUUAUCUGUGCUUUGCAUAACAGAGCAGUUAAAAGCUUCUGAGAAGCAGGUAUAUUUUAU